AUGGAUCAAGCCCAUGGAAAUACCGAUAUCAGCGAGGGAGAACGAAUCACUGCUCUGCCGCCGACUCCUGCAGUUUUCGACUACCCUAAUGCUAGCGUGGGGGGACUCCGCGAGAUCAGAUCCGCUCGCCGUUCGAGGGAUCGUCGUCGCCGUAUUCGUGCCGCACGUCUCCAACUUGAGUCCCUAGAAGGCAGACAACGCGUUUACGAACGUUUCUUCUCUUCUCUCGGGGAAGCUAGAGACCCAAGCUAUGAUGAUUGUGGAUGCGGGAUAACCGGCAAAUUUGCCUACCAGCUGGGCAAAUGGAAGCAGAAUUGCAGUGAAUUGCUGAUCCGUAUCCUCGCAGCAAUCAAGCACAGAAGCUCCCCCGAAGAGCAUAUGAAUUUCGAAAAUGCGCCUCGUUCAGUGUUAGUCAGACUCUCAACCAAAGAUCAGGGAAAUUUAAUAACCAAUUCUAGUCACCCAAGCUCAACCCCCUCAUUCAGUGUUGUACGCAACGAACCUCCCAAUGACGUCCUUGAGGAGAGAGGACGCCCGCGUCAUCGUCACCUUGGAUCGCGGCGGAGAGAUAACAACAGUCUAAGUGUCAGGAGACGUCGCAGUGUUGGUUAGAAGGUCAACGCACCGGCUUCUUCGGCAUGUUACUCGAGCCAGCGGAACAAACCUACGCAUAAAAACGUCUCUUCAAACUCCUAGGAGCGAUUCGUGUGCCAG